AACACAUUGGUACCCUCCCAGUAUAUUAGUGUCUAAGAAUAUCAUUCUGUUUGAUUCCGUUUAGUUGCUGAAGCUACUGUUUAAUUAAAGCUCAAUAACGUUUAUUUAUUCACUUUUUAAACUCUAAGUAGUGGAAACUAUUUUUAAAUGUUUAUUUCUAUUUUUGCCGGUGCGGUUGGAAUUGUGGGCCGUGUUGCUGUAGGAUCAAUUUCACUGCGGCCAAAGGCGGAAGAGCGGAUCCGAAGGCUGGUAGACUCUUGUGGUACAGUUUGAUGAGCUUGUAAACACCUUUAGUAAAAUGAAGCCUGCCGUGGACGAAAUGUUUCCAGAGGGUGCUGGACCCUAUGUAGAUCUCGAUGAGGCUGGGGGAAGCACGGGUCUCUUGAUGGAUUUGGCUGCUAAUGAAAAAGCCGUUCAUGCAGAUUUUUUUAAUGAUUUUGAAGAUUUGUUUGAUGAUGAUGAUAUUCAGUGACAAAAGCUAGAAUGGACAGCACAUUUUUCAAAAAGAACUAAUUCAUCCAAAGUAAUAUAUGCUUGUCUACUGGAUUAAAAGAAAUUCCUCUUUCCCUUGCUGGGAAACAUGUUGACUGACGAUGAGAUUAAAUUCUGUUUUCACCUGCACACCAGAGCUAUUUUGUCUAUAUUUUCUUCUAAUAAAGUAUUCUUUUAAAUUACGUCUUCAUUUUGCCAGCUGUUUCAACAUUCUAAAAAUACUUUGGAUUCCAUUAUUUCUGUUAAAUUAUUACCUGAUACCUGUUUCAGACUUAGAUUGUAGGUUUACUUUUUCUCCAACACCUGCAUUUGAAAAACUCUGUUUAUAAUUAUUUGUGUAAUACCUCAUUGUGGCCUAUGCUGAAAAGUCAUGAUAUAACAGAUGUCAAAUGAUUAAUGUAUUUAGCCUAAGACCAAAUAGUCUCCAAAAAUAAAGGUUUCCUAAAAUUAAA